UGUGUGGGGGACCCACGCCCUGGCCUCGGAGCCAUUUUUGGCCAGAGCGUUCUCCUCCCUCUCCUCUGCCCUGGAGGAGAAGUCACCAGUGUCCCAAGGCUCUGGGAGGCAUGUUCAGGAAUGUGACAGCCAUCCAUUUGCACCUGGCCGGGGUCUUCCAGAGAAAGAAGGCUGGAACUUCUCUCGCUCGGUGCUUGCACCAGACUUUCGCCAUGGCCAAGCGGCUGCCGGCUCGCAGGCUGGACGGGAUUGAUCACAACCCAUGGGUGGAGUUUGGCAAAAUGGCCAGUGAAUAUGAUGUCGUGAACUUGGGCCAAGGCUUCCCUGACUUCCCGCCCCCAGACUUCGCAGUUCAAGCCUUUCAGAACGCGCUCAGCAGUGACUUCAUGCUCAACCAGUACACCAAGGCAUUUGUGAGUCUCUCUGCCUCGCCUGGGGCCCUGGGACACAGGCCUCAAGGAGGCCCUGGGGGAGGAAGGGUCAGGCCUUUCUGAGCAUCAGGCCCACAUGGGUGUUAGGGUUCUGGAGCAGAGCCCAGAGAAGUCAGUGUGACUAUAGUUCAGUGUUCACGGAGUGUCUCCUCUGUUCCAGGCCCUGGGACAGCUCAUGGUCUGGGGAAAGACAGACAAAAAACCAUGAGCUGGGAGCUCAGGGUCUAGUAGGAAAAGCAGACCAAAAAAUAAAUAAAUAAAACAGAAGCAGAAAACAAAGGUAUUGAUAUACUGUGAUAGGGGAGGAUUGGGUGCUGUGGGAGCAGGAAGAAGGGAAUGAAAUCUGGGGAGACCAGAGGAGGCUUCCUGGAGGAGGUGACAUGUAAGCUGAGUCUGGAAAGACAAGCUGCUGACUGAUCUGACUCUAAAUCCAAACUCUUUAUGUAAAGGUCACAGAGUAAAUAUUUGCCAGUCCUUGGUUUAGUAAAGCAGUAAAUGGUUUUUAAACUUUGGUAUGCAUCAGAAUUACCUGGGGGGAAUUUCCUCCAGUUCCACCAUCCAGAGAUAACCACGACCAAUAGUUUGCUACUUUGCUGAGCGUUUAGACUUUUAAACUUUUAACUUUUUUUUUUUUAAGAUUUUAU